CUUCCCCCAGGCCCAGCACGAACUCGCUUUGCUCCCUCGCCCACUGGCUACCUCCAUCUUGGAUCGUUACGCACCGCUCUCUUCAACUAUCUGCUUGCAAAAAGAACUGGAGGCCAAUUCCUGCUUAGAAUAGAAGACACUGAUCAGAAAAGACUGGUUCCCGAUGCAGAGCAAAGGCUGUGUGAAGACUUGAAUUGGGCCGGCAUACAAUGGGACGAAGGUCCGCAAGUCGGCGGUCCAUACGGUCCUUACAAGCAGUCUGAAAGGACACCACUAUACCAGAAACAUGCCCAGGAACUCAUCGACUCCAAAGCCGCCUUCCGAUGUUUCUGCAGCUCCGCCGCCCAGGCUCCUGUCGAUGUGGACGCCUCACUAGUCGGGUCUGCCAUCGGUGGCUGCCACAGCGACUGUGCUAGUAUUCCUUUGGAAGAGUCGGCCGAAAGAGCACGUACUGAGAAACACGCCGUCCGUUUCGGUAAACCUGACAAGGCUCCCAGCUGGUCUGAUCUUGUCUACGGCAAAGUCUCGCUCGAGUCGAAAAAGACGCUACCACAAAGAGCCGCCGUAGAAGGUGUCAUCCUUCUUAAAGGCGACGGCACUCCCACAUACCACCUCGCCAAUGUCAUUGAUGAUCACUACAUGAAGAUCACCCAUGUCAUCCGCGGCACCGAAUGGAUGUCUUCAACCCCUCUUCACGCCGCUCUGUACAAUGCUUUCGGAUGGACUCCCCCAGCUUUUGCUCACGUGGGUCUGCUUACUGACAAGGAUCAAGCAAAACUUUCAAAGCGUAACUUCGACACUGAUAUCGGAGCCCUCAAGACGAAGCAUGGCAUUUUACCUGAGAGUCUGGCCAACUUCUUGGCCCUGUUGGGAUGGCGCAACCCAACUCGCGACGAUGUCCUGGAGAUAAACAAGUUGAUUGAACUAUUCGAUCUGAAGUUCACCAAAGGAAACUCUAUCGUCUCAUUCGACAAGCUGUGGUAUCUGCAAAAGAACCAUGCCAAGAUCAUGAUCGAGCGCGCAAUGCAGUCUUCCACAUCGGAUCCAUCUUUUGAGACUUUGGUCGGUCUGAUCGAGUCGGCUGCAAAGACUGCUUACUCCGAACCACAAGCAGUAUCGGGACUGGAUUUGAAAACACACAUUAUGAAUAUCCUCUUCAUCGACUCGAAAACAUACGAGAACCCGGCUUCAUACACCAAACGUAAUGCUUACUUCUUCACAAAUCUACCACCGGUCGCACCUUCAGUCGAGUCUUUAGUUCCUACCUCGGACCUCCACAACGCAGCUCUAGAGAUCAUGUCUCAAGUCAACACUGCUAGCGUUGCGCUGACUACAUCGACUGACUAUGCACACGUCAAGAAACAACUGGACACUGCUAUAAGCGAGUAUUCCAGAGUGAUAGGAGACAUAUGUCAAGCUCGCUCAACAAUAGAUGGCCAGGUGGACAAAGAAAAAUCAAAGGAGUGGAGCAAGUCACUUCACCGAUACUUGCGAGAGAAACUAUGCUUCGGCAGACCUGGGCCUAGCAGCUCGCAAGUCAUGGCUGUACUUGGACAUGAGGAGUGUACGAAAAGACUC